CCAUUUCUUCCCAAAAUACCCAGGAAUUUCCUCUCCCAAUAAUGUCAGGUGGUAUGCCAAAAGAUUCUGUCCCGGAAUCAUCCUCCUCCAGCAACCACCGUCCCCCUCCGCAGUUGAGCCGCUAUGAGUCCCAGAAACGCCGGGACUGGAACACGUUUGGGCAGUAUUUGAAGAACCAGAGGCCUCCUGUGAUGCUAUCCCAGUGUAACUGCAACCAUGUGCUGGAUUUUCUUAGGUACCUGGAUCAGUUCGGGAAGACAAAGGUUCAUCUACAUGGGUGUGUGUUUUUCGGACAACCUGACCCUCCUGCUUCGUGUACUUGUCCGUUAAGGCAAGCUUGGGGAAGUCUUGAUGCACUGAUCGGACGGCUGCGAGCAGCUUAUGAGGAGCACGGAGGGUCUCCGCAGACUAACCCUUUUGGUAAUGGAGCAAUUCGAGUUUAUUUGAGAGAAGUGAGGGAGUGUCAAGCCAAGGCUAGAGGGAUUCCGUAUAAGAAGAAAAAGAAGAAGAACCAAAUCAAAUCCAAGGACCAAGCAAAGACAUCGAAUCAGAACCCUCAAAUGCAUUCUCUUCUUCAAAAAAAUGGGUCAUCGGCAUGAAAAUUGGAUGGGAAGGGUAUAUAAGUGAUCAGCCAAACUGUUAUUUGAAGCUGUACCACUGCUUUGAAGCUCAAUCCUCUGCCCAUGCCAAUGGGAGUUCUUAAUAAAAUUGUUGCAGCAAAGCUGGUCUCCGUCCUCCUUUUUCAUUGUAGACUAUAAAGAAUUUUAUAACCGCACUGUAAGUUAUAACUUUGUUUUAGGAGCGUAGAGCAACACUAUUAUGUUCAGUUCUGUCACUUCUUUAGAGCAUGAAGAAUGCAUAUUGGUUCUCUCGUGAGUUUAGAAUAAUCUACUUGGCAAAUGGGAAGCGAGAUUAUCAAAGCCCACUCCAUCUUCAUUUUCUGAAUGAUUAGUUAUGUUGUGCACUUGUACUGGCUCUUAUGUAAAAUGGUUGUCACCUGGAAUGACCAAAACUUGUAGCUCGAUUGGUUAGACUGUAUGAUCUUUUCAUCCAGAUAUCGGGCCUUAAAAUGAGGACAC